CCCUGAUGUAUGUAAUAUAAAUUUAUAUAUAUAUAUAUGUAUGUAUGAUUAACUGAUAUAUAUAUCUGUGAAGAUUUGAUUCGGGCACCAGUCCACGAUGAGUGUUGAGGACCAGUACGACUUCAUAUGGAAAGUGGUGCUGGUAGGAGAUUCAGGAGUAGGGAAGACCAACCUUCUGUCACGCUUCACCAGGAAUGAGUUCAAUGCUGAGAGCAAAACAACCAUAGGCGUAGAGUUUGCUACAAGAAAUGUCCAGAUUCGUGGCAAGACGGUACGAGCACAGAUCUGGGACACCGCAGGGCAGGAACGGUACAGGGCCAUAACUAGUGUAUACUACAGGGGGGCAGUAGGGGCACUUGUCCUCUAUGACAUCACAAAACCUCAGUCCUUUGAAAACCUGGAUAAAUGGGUCAGUGAGCUGAAAGAGCAUGCUGAUCCCAGUGUCUGUAUCAUGAUAGUGGGCAAUAAAACUGAUCUCAAAACCCAGAGAGUUGUGUCAUCCGAGGAGGGACGGACUCUAGCAGAAAAAUACCAUUAUUCUUUCAUCGAGACUUCAGCUUUGGAUGCCUCCAAUGUUGUGGAAGCCUUUAACAAUUUAUUAGUUGAUAUUUUCAAAAUACAGACUGAGUCAGAUAAAUCUGAUUCUACAUCAAGGAUUGUACCACAUGAUAACAAGGGACAGGAUAACCAUGGGAACCAGUGUGGUUGUUAGGUGGGGCAUUAAACGGUACGGUGCUACGGUAACAACAGGCAGGCAUCCUGGGAGUUCAGGGUCGGGCUUACAGAGCAUGCUGAAGUUAUCCAGGGUUCGUUACAGCCGUGCUUACUAAGCGUGCUGAGGAUAUCCAGGGUUUGGACAGCUGUACUAUAGCCUUACUAGGAUGAUGAAUUUAUUCAUGGUUUGUUCUGGAUGCUUUGCUUUUGUUCCAUAUUUAUGAGCAUUUGAAAGUCUUUGUUGGCAAACAACAAUUUGACUUUAUUUUCUGUGAUGAGAGAGAGAGAGGGCGAGAAUGAUUCGACUGAUUUGUAAUGAACACUGAUUUUAUUUUAUACUUUUGCUGAUUUUGUUUUUGUCAUCACCAUGAAAGCGCACAUAUAUGUAUUUUAUUGAGCUUUCUUAAUAUAUAUUUAUUCAAGAAAAUUGAAAAUUUACUGUAUUUUCAUAUGAAUAAUUUGAGACAUUUUUAAAAGCUUAAUAUUUUGCUGUAAAUUGAAAAACUGUCCACAAAAGUUAGACUAAUAGCAAGGAAAUUCUUACAGCAUCAAUACAACAAAACAAACUGCUAGAGUAAUACUCCGAAUAAUAAGUACUAAUUAAAUCAAUUCCCCCGAGGUGUACUGUGCUCUUGGAAUAGAUCACGACUGAAACGAGACGUAAAUGAAACUCCCAGCAGUAUUGUAUUGUUUGCAGUUGUUCACUCUGUCUUCCACAGAAAUAACCACGUGGAGAGUUAGUCACACUUACACAAUCUAUGUGAUAGUUUACUCAAUGUAGGCUAAACAAAAUAAUUUUUUGAUUCUCGGGUACUACUCCUGAAUCAUCAGACUGAAAACUAACUACUGAAGGGUUUGAAAAAGAAAACUCCAUUGUCAAUUGAAAGACAUAGUAUUACAUAUUAUGGCAUAUUAUGGUCUUCGAUAACAAUUAAUAUUUUUGAAAUUAUAAAUGUACAUUUAUGCAUAAUUUUCAACAAAUGGUAAACUCAUUAUAGCUCAUUUGGGUAUGAAAUGAUAAAUAAGGAAUUUCUAGGUCAUUUUUUUUCUGAAAUUCCUACUUUACUGAGUAGAAACGAAUGAAAGAAUAAACUGUCUGUCAGUUUGGAUUUUGAAAAUUUUGUCCGAGAAUCAAAGAAUUACAUUGCCAGGCCUUAGAUUAGAUAGUGUUUUGGUGGAUAGUUUGCAAUACCGUAUCAUCUGCUAACUGCCCUGACUUGUAAAUACCAUAUUCAUCCCGUUUUUGCCCUUGUAAAUGGCCCUGGGUCUUCUUCAGAUGUGAAUUAGAUAUAUCUCCAACAAAUUGGGAACUUCAUGCAUCUUAAGUUACAAAAUUACCUACUCGUCCAGCAAUUCUGGUAUUGAUACAGUUAUUAGGGCAUAUACGGUAACAAAUUAGAAUUUAUAUGUCUAGAUAUACGCAUUCUACAAUUACCAGUUUCUAGAAUUCCAGUUUCAUGUAACAAGGAUAUAAUAUCAUAAAGGUGAAGAAUCUUGACAGACUUCUUGUUUUCGUGAAUUGAUUUUUAUGAUGGGCAUGUCACUUCUGAUAAGUUUUAUGCUAGUUAUUGCGAGGAGGAAGGGUUAAGAUUGUUAAAUGGUGCAAUUCCAAUACAGGAGAAUGAAUUGCUUUGGCCUACUAGGUUAUUGUCUACAUUGCAUAUAGAAAAGCUUUAUAUCUGUGAUUACUGGAGGUUGUGAACAAUUUGGUCGUGGCAUGUAUUGAUGUAUAAUUGUUGUAUUUUCUGUAACAACACCCCCCCCCCCUUCCCCUUCACUGUGUUUGCCUUGUUUGCUACAAUAUUAAAUGUAUUGCUUUAAGGGCGGGGAAGAUUUGUUGAAACAUUGUAGAUAAAAUUGAUCUAGAGCAUGUGCAAGCAUUCUGAUAUACUGUAGACAUAUUUAAUUUCAACGAGUCAUAAUUUCGCGGAUUAUCAGUUUUGGUUUGGUCCGCGGGUAUCGGGGGGGGGGGGGGGGGGGGGUGUUAUUAUUUCUCUUUUCAGAGAAAAGCCUCUGACCUGCUCAAUUUCGAAAAAAUGAAACAAUCUGGGUUUGAUCUAAAGUGACAGAAAAAUGAUAUUUUUCCAGGUAGGGUGAGUUGUUUUCUUCCUAUUUGACCAGUUUUUCUCUGAUUUCUGAGGAAUUCAGUCACAUCCCUGCGGGUAUUAAAUUUCACCAAUUUGCAUAUUGCUUGCAUGUACAACAAUGUACAUAAAAAUAGCUUAACAUACUGCAAGUCCCCAUGUAUAAAAUUACAGGAAUUUUAUGUGACGGCGGAAAUAUGUACCACAGGUAAAAAUGUAUGUUUACAGUAUUUCAUGAUUAUUAUUGGCCUGGAAACAUUACUUAUUUAGUUUUAAAAUGUAGCUUUAUCUAAUGGGUAACAAAAAUCGGCCAAUCAGAAAGUAGAUCAAAAUUGCCAUGGAUUUUUUUAUGGGUAGAGAUUCUGAUCAAACUUGCAACAUUAGCAACAUAAAAAUCUGAUGUUGAAUUAGAGUGAUAAAAUUAAGUUGAUCCAGUUAGAAUUCAGAAAUUUCAUAUGAGGUGAAAUAUUGGGAUAGGUAUUGUGUUGAGACCACUUUUUGUGGGUAGCUGAUUGUUCUUAGGAAACAGAAUUUCUGAGAAUGUUUGAUACAUGUAUUCAGGAAGUCUUUUGGGUUUUAUAUUUACUAGAUAUAAAUAUAUCUACAUGAGUAGGUUGUAAAUUCAAGGUCAUGCCUUGUUCACAGAUAAUAAAAAAAAUAGAAGGUUGAUUCCACGUUGUGAUGUUGUUGGUCUUGAAGUCUUAGCUGAAGUGGAAUGAAUUGGGAGCAUAUUUUGAUUGUCCUAACAAAUUGGGAUAUUUUAUGAAAUUGCGUUUUGUAUUCGACGUGAACUAUAAAAUAUGUUUAAUGGUUUUAGAAAGAGAAACAUGUACAUUCCAUUUUCUUUUAUUAUUAAAAUUGUGAUAUUAUUUUUUAAUGGUAAAUAUUUAUCAGGCUAGUGUUAUUUAAGAAAUAAAUUUCAUUUUUGAAAAUACAUGAAGGCAUGGACUGUGAUGCUCCACACAAGCAUAUAAUUAUCAUGAAGUCCAUUAGUGCACGUUUUCAAAAUGAAAUUUAUUUUUGAUAUACAUCUGUAAUUCUACUUUCAUUUCUGUCAGAAUUCCCAGCCAUUGAAAUAGAAGUAUAUUAUCAAGAUUCAUACGCACAGUGUUCACAAUUGCAUCAAAUUUAUGAGGAAUUAUCUAUCAUUAAAACUGGUAAAGAUAUUGAAGGCAAAAACAUGGAAGAUAAUAUAAAUAUUUUUGUAUUGACCAAUUUUUUUGUGUGUUGUAUGCUUUAUGUUUGAAUGGCACCAAAGUAUUCUAAACAGCAGUAUGCUAAUAAUCAAAUUCAGUUUGCUGUUUUUGAUAAACGUUGUAUCAAAUGGUAUAACAGCCAAUGAUGAAGUGGAAACGGAGGCUAGUUAAGCAAAGAGUUGAGAGUGGACCAAACCUGAUUUAUGUAGAAAUCUGUUGUCAAUCCCAGUCCAUCUGUUUAGAUGUCUCAAACACACCCAUGUAAAUUGGUGUAUAUUUGAUCCUUCUCGAACACACCCUAUUGUUUAUGUGAUUUCCACUGAAAGGUACAGUUCCACUUAGGUAUCUUGAAUAUCAAUAUCUCAAAUACCAUGGAUAUGUUGAAGUGAGUUCAAAGUCCCAACUUAACACUUUCUUUAUGUAAUUUAACCUCAAUAUUUCGAACUCUUGGAUAUCUAGGAAAUUUUUUUCAGCCCCAUGAUAACAAGGUGUGACUGUAUAUAAAUAUUAAAGAGUUGACUAAACAUUUCAAUAGACAAGCAGGAAAUAUAAUUAUUUUAUAAGAAGCAAGCACCCAUUGUAGUCUGUUGUAUAUGUAAGAAUUUUCACUGCACCAAAAGACCCAAUUCUUCAAGAAAUACUUUCAAAGACUGAAUUGUGGUGUACCUGUUACUGUGCUAUUUUGAAAAUUUGGUGUUGGAAAUUUUUGUUGUAAAAUUUUGUUGUGGCAGAAAGAAAAUAUUAAGGUUUAUAAACUUUUGUUAUUAAUGUUUGUUUUAGAAGUUCAGAAUGAAGCAAAAUUACAUUGUUGUCUUCCCAUACAAAAAUAGAUUUUUGUACAAUGCUAUAUCUUCAAUAGAACCGAAAUCUUUAUUUUGAUAAAAUAUUAAUCUUAGUUUUAAUUUUACCAACGAUUAUGGUUAAUUUACAUACAAAACUAUGAUAAAAGAAUAUUUUUACAACAAAAUGAAAUUUUCAGAUUUAAAGCUAAUAUUUCUUUGAAAAUAAAAUAUGCAAUCCUAGGUAGGCCUUGAACCUAUCUGUCUGUUUGAAUUUAAUUACCAUUAAAUGACAUCAACUUAUCGAGUACAUGCACACUUUUUAUUGAUCAUCAGUUGAAUUUCUUUUGAAAACAAAAUUUUUUGGAUUUAUUUUUGAUGGCAUUUUAUUUUGUGAUACUCCUAUAUAGUAGAUUCAGGUUGACUGGAUAAUGGUAGAUCAGUGGUUGUGACUCACACAGAGAGAUAGUAAUAACAUAUCUUGUUUCAUACUGUAACAAGCGACCCUACAAAAAUGUUCACAGAGAAAGAUGCAAUUUUAUGUCAUAAAUUUUUGUUAACAGGUAACCCCAAAAUGGGAUUGUGCAGCCCCUGAAAUGUAAAAUAUGUACAGGUAUUUAUUUUUAGAAUCCAACCAAAGAGGAUGCUA